GCGAUCGAUAUUGUCGCCUCGGGCACAGGAGAGCGACCGUGCUAUGAUCGGUUGCUCUGGUCCAUAAAGAUGGCGUCCUUUGAGCAGGCGGAGCCGCGACAGUCAGACUCUCCUCUUGGGAGGGAGGAUGCUGCACCAAGGGAACAGCUGAUUGCCACUGCAGUGAAAUUUUUACAGAACCAAAGAGUUCGUCAAAGUCCAUUAGCAACAAGAAAAUCCUUCCUAAAGAGAAAAGGUCUAACAGACGAAGAAGUUGAGAUAGCUCUACAGCAGUCGAACACUGCUACCGACGAAGUAUUUGCGCCUGUCUCCCAACAGCACUUGGUGCAACCAUCACAACUGGCUGUGCCAAACAGUCCUCCCAGUUCCAGGUGGCGGGAAUAUGGCGCCUUGGCAAUCAUCAUGGCUGGGAUUGCAUUUGGCUUUCACCAACUAUACAAGAGAUAUAUUCUGCCUCUUCUAAUGGCCAGCAAAGAAGAUAAAAAGCAUCUACAGAGGAUUGAAUCUGGUGUUACUGAGCUAAGUGGGACCAUAACACAGACAGUGACACAACUACAGACAAAUCUGACCACAGUGCAGGAGCUUCUGGAACAGCAGCAAGAAAGGUUACAAGAGCUGUCCCAAGAACUGACUGGUACCAAGGUUGCCUCUUCAACAAAUUGGCUUCUGGAAUCUCAGAAUGUGAAUGAAUUGAAAGCUGAGAUCACCUCAUUGAAAGGGCUUCUCCUAAGCAGGCGACAGUUCCCAUCUUCACCCUCAGCUCCGAAGAUUCCCGCCUGGCAGAUUCCUGUCAAGCCAUCGACAAUAACAACAUCGGUAACGGCCAAUCACAACAACAGCAGCAGUGACAUCUCACCGGUUAGCAUUGAAUCUGCUUCAUCCUCUCCAGCCACAGAGAACCAUAGCCAUGAAGGGGCUAGUCUUAGUGGCCAUGUCAUUAACAGCAGCAGUGUUGACGUUAAAUGUCAGGUGAGGAUGGAAGUCCAAGGUGAAGAAGAUAAAAAACCUGAGAAUGAAGAUGAGGAUGAAGAUGAUGAUGUCAGUCAUGUGGAUGAGGAAGAUUGUCUGAAUGUACAGACAGAGGAUAGACGAGGUGGGGAUGGACAGAUAAAUGAGCAAGUGGAUAAACUACGGCGUCCAGAAGGUGCCAGUAAUGAAAAUGACAUUGACUAAUUUGCAAAUGCGAUUGGCCUCCACAAGCAGAAAGUCCUUAAUUCCAUUAAUUGACUGUAAAUAUUUGCUUAUUGCAUCCUGAGUGGUGGAUUUUUGCAAUCCAGCAAAUUACACAUGUAGCACAUGUAAACUCCAGAUGAAUAUGUGUGGCUAGUUACACCCAGGUACAUUUUGGUGCAACAUCAUUGCAUCACCAGGUCUGAAGAGUCAAGGGUUUACUUUAGCACGCAAAGAGUGAAGUGCCUCGUUGGCGAAAAAGUCAAAACGCUCACUGUAAUCUACCUGGUCAUAGAUUAAAGACCCCAUAAAAUUCCACAUUUCGCUUGUGAUGUGUUUUGUCAGCACUUGGUCAACUGUCAGUAUGAUUCAGAAUCAGCCAAUUAAUCAGUUGGGGAUUGGACUCAACUUCUGUAGGAAGUAAUUAUGACAAAAACAGCACUUUCUUGGGUGUCAGCUGUUAGAAGCAUCUCAAGGAGCUGGUGCAGUUAAAGCCUGCUAAGAACAUGGUUGGAAAUGAUGAAUUUGUGUUUGAAUUAUUAGUGUACAAUAGGAGUGAAUAGAACUGGCAUGUUGAUGUUUCAUGUUUGCAUUAGAACAUCUUUGGGUUCAACUGUAAUUGCAGUACACGCAGUCUCAGACUGAGAUAGAACUGAUGAAUGAGACCGUAAUAAAGUUGAUUUUGUUUCGUUGGGCGAAGUAGUAUCCAAGCUACCUUCUAGUUUGAGUUCAGAAAAUCUUUAAUGGCUAUUUGUAUAAUCUCAAUAUUAAGAGGAGACGUAUUGUCAUGUUGAAUGUCACAGUGUUGGAUAGUAAGGUCAUUGUGGCAAAUCCUGGACUCAGAAGAUAUGUCUGUUAGCUCUUAGUUUCAUUUCGCGGAAUUACUCUAUUUAAUUUCAUUUCUAGGCAGCAGUAUAGUUUUAUCUUAUGACCCAAGUGUGACAGUUUGUCAUGACACAUUCAUCAGGCAUUGCACCCCUGUCUUCUAAUCUGGCUCUUACUUAAUGCAGAGACUUUCAGCAGUCCAGUUGGUAAAAUGUUGAUAUCUUGCAUGCUUUGUGUGAGGCUGGCGUUUCCUUGGAAAAGCAACAUCUCCCAUGACAUUUUAAGCACCUUUACUUUAAUUUGUUUUGUCUUGAUGAAAAGUUUUUAAUAUAAAAGGCAAAAGAAUGGUGAUAGUGGUAGAGAACAAGGUCAUGUUUGUCAGGGGUGCAUUUGUGAUGUUUAAAUUAAACUUUACAGCCAAGCAUGAGGUGGUUUGAGACACGUAUUAAUUAUGAAAUACGGUUUAGGAUGGAAGCAAUCUGGCAUUAUAUCUUUAAAGUUAUUUAAUAUACAGUACUAGGGUGGAAUAGAACCAUAUCAAGGAUAUUUUGAACGGGAGUGAGAGAGGCUAUAAAUAAAAAUAAAUUGAAUAUGUUGGUUUUGUAAUUUGUAAACCUUAAUUUUGCAAUCUGCACACACACACACACACACACACACACACACACACACACACACACACACACACACCCAAAUAUCAUUGUGAUGCCUUUCAGGUAAGAAGGUGUUUAUUUUCAAACAUUGUGAGCCAUCAUAUUUUGCCUGGAGUUCUCUGAUUGCCAAGUAAUUAUUUCAGUGGUAAUUAUUUUAAUCAAACAUUCAAAUCAUACAGUUUUGCAUUUGUGCUGAAGUUACAUCACAGGUAAAUUUUAUGAUGAAAACAUCCUUGACCUUUCUGAUGGGAGGAAUUCCUGUUUGUUUACUUAUCUAACACAGGCUCAGAGAUAGUCUAUUGACAUUAGAUUAAAUAUCGUGACGAACAUUAAAAAUAAACUUCCAGAUCAAGGUGAUGAAUAAUAAAACAUGGUUUAUGACCAAUCUGGAGAUAUGGCUGUCUUCUCCCACAUUGUUUUGCUAAAGCAGAAUGAAACAACACUUUGAGGAAAGGUGAUUUAGAUGGGUUGGUGAUUCAAAUUCAGUUAGAAACCAAUACUUCCAACUUACUGUUCCAAACUGCAGUUUGCCAGCAGUAAUUUGGAUUGCACAUGAUUUUUGGAAUUUGGAGCAAAUGCUGCACCACAUUAACUGAUUUGCCUGGAGGCCCAAACAAAACAACAGAAGUUCAGCUAUAUUGAAUUCUAACUAUAUACUGUUUGAUUUUAUUAAACUUCAAUGCCAAGUGUAUCAAGAUCCUCAGAAAACUAGAAUUUUUGGCAACAGGAGAAGGCUGUUGCAUGGAUCUUAUAGCAUGGAAUAAGAUCAUUCGGCCCAACUUGUUGCUGGUGUUUAUGGUCUGCACAAGGUUUCUCUCCGUCUUCUUCAUUCAAUCCUUUUCUGUUUGAUGUUGACCCCACCUUCUUUACUGUUCCAUCUUUUCUUGUUUGCCACAAAACUCAUUAAUAUUUGAUCCAUAAUGUUUCAAUUUAACAAAAGGGCUCGACUUACCCCCUCACUCCUGCACUGAUUUAGCAUUUGUAUCCGCUGAUACCAUAGCUUUGGCCAUUAGUGAGUGGUUUACCGGAAUUGAACUUGUCUCUUCCAAAAAAAAAGUCAAGCCUAAAUUACUUUUAGUUUCCUGAUAACUUGCUCAUAUCCUCCUUUUCAGUACUUUUAAUCAAUCUGUUCAGACAUGAUAACACCCUCUGGAGCAGGUGGGAUUCGAACUUAGGUCUUCUGGCCCCUUUUCUCUCCAUAUUGGAGCCACACACUGAACAGGUGUCUGCUUCGAGUUAACUCUCACCCCUGACCAGAUGACUGUGUAUUCAUGUACCUAUCCAGAGCAUAUCAAUUGGCACAGAUGCAGUAUUUGGAGAGUACUGCACUGUUGAAGGUGCCAUCUUUUGAAGAGGGCAUUUAACCAAGAUCCGGUUUGCCAUCUUGUGAUUGUAAAGAUCCCUUGGCACUGUUCAAUGUUGUCCUAAUACCCUGACCAAUGUUUAUCCUCAAUAAAUAUCAAUGUCUAUACCGCUGUUACAAUCUUGUGUGGAGAUUGUAUUUCUUAUAUUAGGGCAAUAACUAUGUUUUAAAAUGUUACAUGUUCCCAAAAUUUUCAUAUAGGGUUAGGGCAUUGCCGGCAAGACCCAAAUUUGAUGCUGUUCUCUAGUUUCCAUUGAAACCAAUUAGUUUUUUAGGACAUUUCAGAGGACAGUUAAGUGUCAGCCACAUGGCUGUGGAUCUCCUAUUGUCUCUAGGCUAGACCAGGUAAGGACAACAGAUUUCCUUCUUUAAAAAAAGCAGUGAUCAAGAUGGAGUUUUAGGGCAGUCAACGAUGUGACAUGGUCACCAAUUAGACUGACUUUUAAUUCCAAAUUUUAAAUUCAGUACCUGCUAUGGCGAGAUUUGAACCCUUGUUCCCGGCACGUUUUUCUGGGCUUUUGGAUUACUGGUCCUGUAACAUUGCAAAUAUGCCAUUGUGUCCUUAAUUGGCUUUAAUGUGUUUUGAGUUAUCUUGGGAUUGUGAUGAUGUUUCUUUCUGAAACAUUUUUCUCCAACAAAUUUCUGAUCGUGGGAAAAUGGUAGACCAGACUGGGAACGGAAUGGUGCAACUAUUGUGUGUGUCGCAUGUGAAAUUGUGUUAUCAGAUCUAAGGGAUACAGCAGUGUGUGAGUUGCUUGAAAGGGAAUUGAAAUUUAAGUUUUGAAUUUGCAGCAGUGAUAUUAAUGGUGUUAAACGUGACCCAUGAAGUCCUGGACUUUGUAGCCAGGAUGUGUGAUCAGUGCAGUUAGAGUGCCCUUUCCUGCAAGUCCUGAUCUGAAACGUUAACUUUCCUGUUUCUCUGCUGCCUGAUCUGCUGUGUUCUUUUGGCUACGCACUGUAUUGACUCUGACUCAAGCAUCUGCAGUUCUUGCAAUCUCUGCAGGUAGCCCUGCCAUUCAUCUGACAAGGAUCAUCUACAAAUAGGAAAUGGAUUGUUCAGACUUUGUACACAGCUCCUGAUCAUCUGCUGCUGCGGUAAAAAAGAAGAUACCAUCAAGGCUCCCACAACUAAAUUAUUAGUCUUAAAUUACCAAAUGGUGCAGACUUAAAGGCAGUCCCAGUAUCCAUGUGCAGUUUCAGUAAGUGGUGAGUAACGUGACAAGUCAUUCCCUCAUUAAAAUUGAGCUUCCAUAUACUUGCCAACACGCAGAUACCUUUUUGGCCCUGCAUGUCCACUCAUUGGGAAAUGGCAGAUUGAGGUGGAGACAGAGAAAAUCAAGAAUUUACUGCCUUCUUUACCCACUUGUACCCUGAUUAGAGACUGCCUUUAAUCUGUAUACUUGCAUUCAUAAGGACCUUAGACGUGACUUUUUUAAUUGCUUUAUAGGAUGUGGACAAAGCCAGCAUUUGUUGUCUAUCCCUAGUUGUCCUUUAUCUGAGUGGAUUGCUUGAGUCACUUCAGAGGGCAGAUAAGAGUUAAUCACAUUGCUGUGAGUCAGGAGUCAUGAAGACCAAUCAUCUGGGCCUCUGGAUUACAGGCUCAGUGACAUCACCACUAUGCCAAAAUCUCCCAAAACAUAAACAAUCUUUUGUGACUGUUAAUAUCUGGGCACAAUUCAUUAUAUUAACAAUGAAAGGAAUCUGGGGCAAAUAAAUAGCUGAAUUAAAGGAAUUGAGGGUAUGGUUCGGAUAACGUCUUGAUAUAGAGGUACGGGAAGUCUUAAACAUAUGUAUUGUCCAAAGCAAAUCUUACACGUUGCUUCAACAGAGAUGUGAUGGCCAAGUGGUAUUAUCGCCAGACUGUUAAUCCAGAGACCAGGAUAACAUUCUGGGGACCCAGGUUCGAAUCCCACCACGGCAGAUGGUGGAAUUUGAAUUCCAUAAAUAUCUGGAAUUAAGAGUCUAAUGUUGACUUGCCGAUUGUCAAAAAAACCUAUCUGGUUCACCAAUGUCCUUUAGGGAAGGAAACUGCCAUCCUUACCUGGUCUGGCUACAUGUGACUCGAGAUCCACAGCAAUGUGUUUGAUUCUUAACUGCCCUCUUGGCAAUUAGGGAUGGACAAUAAAUGCUGCCCAGCCAGCGACACCCUCAUCCCGUGAAUGAAUAAAAUAAAACUAGCUAAAGUCAUUAAAAAAAUGUCAUAUGACCGACAUGGGCCGAAAGGCCUUAUCUGUGCGGUGGACUCUGACUCUAUAAUUUGACUUUCAUUUCUGCUACAGGAGAACUAAACUAUUAUCUUUGAACCUUUCAACAUUCAAAGAUCUACAUAUUUCAUGACAGCUCAUCAUUUCCAGGUUGAUUUUGCUGCCAGCCAAAUUUCUGAAGCCAAGUUAAAACUGAACAUAAAAACAUAGAUUGUAAGAGCAGGAGUAAACCAUUCAACCCUCCAAUAUGUUCAUGGCUGAAUCUGCACAGCAAGUGAAGUGGGCAACAAACUUUAGCCACAACGGAGACUAAACUAUUCCUUUGAGCAGCUUAAUUAGUGUCUGUUUACAUCCAAUCACUUCAGGAAAACAGAAUAUUGUAAAAAAAUCCAUGAACAAGUAGUUACAGUUGCUGUGAUCCUGACUUUUUGUCCUUGUUUGGGGCAGUUGGUAGAUAAACUCAGGGCUCAGUUAGCUACGGUGGCCAAAGGCUGGUUUACAAUGCAGACUGAUGCCAACAGCAUGGGUUCGAUUCCUGCAAUGGCUGAGGUUACCAUGAAGGACUCUCCUUCUCACCCUCUCCCCUCCCCUGAGGCAUGGUGACCCUCAGGUUAAACCACCACAGGUCAUCCGAGAGAGCAGCCCUCUGGGAUUACGGUGACUUUACAUCUUUAAUAGGUAGGCUCAUUAAAUCAAACCAACAUGUUGUAAAGUGGCAAUGAUACUGGGUAAACUAUUUCAGUAUUGAAUAGUUUCCUCUCAAUUUUUACAUGGCUGUUUGAUGAUCAGGUUAACAAACAAUGUAGAGAUUAGGCAACUGGAAUGUUAGUAGCAAUUAAGUGAAACUGUGGCAUCAGAAAGACUGUACAGUGUAAGAGGAAGAGAAAGUUGAAGGAUAUAAGGCUUUCCUGCAAAAUAAAUUAUUUGAAUAAAAGUGUGUAAUAAAUCAGAAACUGUGAAGAGAUGAGCAAGAGAAAGAAUAUGUAUGGUGUCUUAUUUGGAAAUUAGAGGGAAAGCUUUGCACUUGCAAUGACCAUUGUAAUAUUAAAAUGUCCACAGGAAGGAUCCACACUGAGAAAUUUAGAUUGGGAGUGAUAGUUCAGAAAUGGAUGGACAAUCAUAAAACUAUGUUUUUCUUGUGCCAUCUCCAGGAGUCUGAGGGAGGAAUAGAAAAUCGUUCUCAGAAAUAGAGAGCACUUUCCAGCCGAGGAUAAAUAGAUGUAUAGAGAGUUGAGCUGUCGAGAGAAAAAAACAUAUUAGAAUGUAUCCUAAUAUUGGAUAAGAUCUAGGGACUCAAAUUAAGAUCAGCACGAAUCUACAGAGAACUAGGUGGAUCUUUUUAAAAGAAGAUGAUUGUUGAACUUGCUAGAACUCUAACAAAACUGUCAUCAAAGGCUCUCCUGGAUCUAAAUGAAAUGGGUCAGGAGCAGCCAUGUGUCUGAGAGGCCAGUGAGUUAAAAACAGAGGAUCAGAUUUAGCAUAUGAGUUGUGUGGAAGCUGAAUAGCCAUGACAUCAUGUAUCUAUAUAAUGUUAAGAGUGUUGAGAAGUGCAUGGUGCCAGAUCCUAUCAAAAAGCUCGGAGACAACUAUGACAAUGGCAAAUGAAUUAUAAAAGAAUUCAAAAGAGCAGUUCCAGAGGUGUGUAACACAACCGAGAUGAUAAAUCAUGGGAAUAGCCAAUAAAAACCAAAGUGGCAUUUACGGACUAAGGAAAGCUUACAUAGUUUCUACAUCACUUUCAUGGUGGUCGAUAUUUAAUUUACUUUAAACCAUGCAAAGCAGAAAAGAUAUGGUAGACAUCUUGGUGAAAAGAUGGUUUGUGAUCAACAAAUGUCCAAUAGUAUGUGGGUGUGAGAGUUGUUUUUAAAGACCUUCUCAACAAGAUAGUUUUAUUCCAAAAUAUAGCUAUAAGAAUUCUUGUAUAGUUUUAUGUGUAGGGAGAUGGUCUCCACUUUUGGUUAUAAAAAUAACACAUUUUCUAGUUGAACUACUGGAACAAGGCAACAAAUAUAGCUGUAUAUGUUAUCUACUGCUCUUGAUGUGUAACCAUUUUCAUCUUUUUUACUAUUCACAUAAGCUAACGCAUACCUGUCAAUAUUUGAAGGACAGUUUACACUGUCUAAGAUGGCACCAAAGCUUGUGAUUUUCGUUACUUGCAAUGUUGUAAAUGAACUAUUUGAUAUCUGCACUCUGCUGCCAUUGUUCAGACCGUCCUUGCGAUUUCUGAUGCAAAUGUGACUUCCUUCCUUCGACCAUUUGGACCUUUGGCUGACAGUGAUUUUGAGGCUUCACCAGUGAGGGUAACAAGCUGAACUACAAAAUCAAAUUGUCUGCACUGACUUUGAAACAACCUUUGUUGAGUUUCUGACUUUAUUUUUGUUCGCGUGCUGGCACACCAGAUUUUACAAUCACUGUCCAGAAAUUAAAAUCGUAGUUGAUGCUCUGAGAUCUUCCCCUUUUGAUAUUGUCACUGUUUUAACCACUAUUAAUCACUUAGGGUGUUUAUGCCAAUAACCCAACAGUUUAUACCAUUUUUAACUUAUUCUCCCCCGCAGUGCUUAACCCGCAACUGUAACACUAAAAUCUACAGCUGUACUUUUCGAAUGACUGUCUUGCCUGUCUAUUCGAGCAUGACAAGCAGUGUGUAUUGGGCAAGUGGAGAAUGGAAUGGUUUUAAUUCUGUGAGAGUGUUGAUUGAUCCUGACAUUGCCUCAGGUGUUUGGGCAUUGUUCAAUGCAGUUGAUUCUACCUGAAUGUAUUGAUCAUA